GAAAGAAUACUGUUCUCUUUCCCUCCUCUCUGUGUCAUUUUCGUUAGGCGCACAGCAAAACUACAAUGUCCAAGUCCAAGCCCGUCGCCGAUUCAACCAGCACCACCGCAGCUGUUCAAGCCACCAACGAUGACGCCUCUGCCAGUAAACUGUCCUGUGUGAAAAAGGGAUACAUGAAAGAUGACUAUAUCCAUUCAUUUGUGAGAAGGCCUGUCAGAAGAUCUCCAAUUAUCAACCGUGGAUAUUUUGCUCGUUGGGCUGCUCUUCGACAGCUCCUCUUUCAAUUUCUCGAUUCUGAGAUUGAUGGUAAUGAGAAGGGUCAGACGAAGAAGCAGAUAUUGUCACUUGGAGCAGGCUUUGAUACUACAUACUUCCAGUUGCAGGACGAAGGGAAGGCACCAUUUUUGUAUGUGGAGCUGGAUUUCAAGGAGGUCACUAGCAAAAAAGCAGCAAUCAUUGAAACCCAAAGUCAGCUGCGAGACAAACUUGGUGCUGCAGCUUCAAUUUCUCGAGAGAAAGGGGAAGUGCUUGGUGAUCAUUACAAGCUUCUCCCAGUUGACUUGCGUGACAUACCAAAGCUGGAUGAUGUCAUAGCUUCAGCUAAUAUGGAUCCUAGCUUGCCAACAUUUAUAAUUGCAGAAUGUGUUUUGAUAUACUUGGAUCCAGAUUCAACCCGCGAUAUAGUUGGCUGGGCUUCAAAAUCAUUUUCAACAGCUGUCUUUUUCCUAUAUGAGCAGAUUCACCCAGAUGAUGCUUUUGGCCAGCAAAUGAUAAGGAACUUGGAGAGUCGAGGGUGUGCACUACUGGGUAUUUACGCCACACCCACUCUACUUGCAAAAGAAAGACUUUUUAUCGAACAGGGAUGGCAGAGAGCUGUUGCUUGGGACAUGCUUAAAGUUUAUAGUGAUUUCAUUGAAGUUCCAGAAAAGCGCAGGAUCGAACGGCUGGAGCUAUUCGACGAGUUCGAAGAAUGGCACAUGAUGCAGGAGCACUACUGUGUGGCCAUUGCAAUCAAUGAUUCCAUGGGGCUGCUCGGGAAAUACGGAUUCUCAAACGGCCGCCACACAACACAAUCGUCGUGCUAGUUGCUUCUUUUUUGGCUGGGAGCUGAGAGCCUUUUACAUUCUUUUCUGUUCUGUUCUGUUGUGGUGACAGCAGGAGGGCUGCUACAUGUUGUUUGUCAUGACUCAUAGCACUGACUUUUUAACUAGAGAAGGAAGAUCCAUUCCAGAUAGAUGGUUUCCGAUUGCUUUGUGCUAGCUGUUUGGCACAAAGGAGAAAGGGAAACUGGCUGCACAUGGUGGGGUUCUUCCUCAUGUGCCUGCCUCUAAAUACACAUAUGUUGGUUGGCUUUUUAGUUGGUUGGUUGCUGAGAUUGUGAUGUUGGCCUGGAUUGCCUUUAUGGGUUCGGGGUCGGGCUGGCUGGAAGGGAAGCAAUCUCUUAAAAUUGUGACCGUCGAAUGCAGGCUGUUAUUAUAUGGUUGGUUGUGAACCGUAUCCAUUUUUUUUUGUCCGUAAAAUGCGUAAUACAACAACAUAGUGUAGGGGUUGGAUA